AUGCCGCUGGUUCUGGAAGCCACGCAGAGCUCGUACAGCAGCACAACUGUCAGUGGAGAAUUCACCAGCCAGUCACUAACUGAAGAGCUCCUGUUAGAGACAAUGAUCCAGAUCAUCAUUAUAAUUCUUGGAACAACAGCUGUCACUAAAGGAUCAAUGGAAUGUAACUUAACUGGACCUGCUGAAUCUCAGUUGUGUUUUGGAGCAGUUGGGAAGCCACUUAUUUUUAACCUGCCAAUUAAUAAAACUUUACAGAUGAAAUUGAUGAAGAAUAAUUCCUCAAUUUUAACGCUCAGUGAUAAAAAAGGUGAAGUGAUUGACAAAUACAGAAGUAUCUCCACACUCCUGAAUAAUGGAGCAUUUAGAAUUAACUGUGUGACAAGGGACGACGCUGGAGAUUACGAGUUGGAAAUAUAUUCAUCCAGUGGUCAUCAUGUAAAGAGAGUCAACGUACAUCUAAAGAUAAUAGAACCAGUGUCAGAUCCAAAUGUGUCUCAGACGUGUUUGUCACCAGAACAGAUGAACAUCAGCUGUUCAGCUGAAGGAGAUGGAGUGAAGUUCACUUUAUCUCUAGACGACAACGAACUGAUGCAGACCAGAGAGGGAAGUACAGGAAAACUAAAUGUUUCAAACGUUAGUUUCAUCUUACACGGUCAACUGGUAGGAAAGCUGGUGUGUCGGGUUCAGAACGAUGUCAGCAGUGAACAGACGUCCAUCCAGCUUACAAGCUGUAACGAUGUUGCAAGUUUACCUACCGGUGUAGUGGCCGUGGCCGUGACAGCAGGUGUGGUUUCUCUGCUCCUGGUUCCGGCUGUUUUUCUCUGUAAGAAGCACUUCAGAAAGAGAACAACCAAACCCACAACUGUGAAAGACGGUGAUGCAGAAGAUGAAAUUGUGUACUCAGACGUCAGAGUGACUCCAGCAGCCCGCAAGAUGCAUCGUUAGCGAGGAAACCACAACGUCAAUGUCGACUGCAAUCACUCCUCCGUUUGUCGUUUGACCGACACGGUUUUCUUCUUUUUUUUUUUACUUCCUACAAUAAAACCAAUUGAAGAAUCAAUGAAAGGCGAUGACAACAUGGGUCAUUUUUACAUGAAACAUGAAAAACAAGAUGCUUUUUAAUUAAUUUUCCUCUUUUAUCUGUUUAAUUCAACAUGACAUUUUA